AAAUGCUUCUGACUCCUACAUCAGAGACAUUCUAUAAGGCUAGACAGCAACAUUCAUUGUUCGAUCUGCCCUUGUUCUUAUACCCUCCCUAUCCACGCCCGCGUUUGCCACAUUAAACCACCCCGUCUCUUCUAAUUCCGAAAUCAUGGCCCCGUCAGGCUUUAACAGCAAGAUUAACAUCACUCACAUCGGCACUGCCACUGCCAUCCUAGAAAUCGAUGGCAUCAACUUUCUAACGGAUCCUUACUUCUCUCCCCCAGAGACUGAGUGGGAUGUUGGCAUCACUGUCCUAAAGCAAGGCGAAACGAGCGAUGGCCCGGCCCUUCGCCUCCAGGAUCUCCCGCCAAUUGAUGCUGUUCUCUUGAGUCAUGAAGAUCACCCCGACAACCUGGACACCCUUGGCCGCCAGCUCUUAGACGGACGCAAGGUACUUACAACAAUGGACGGCGCGAAUAACUUGGCUCCUCGCCCUGGAGUCCGUGGCUUGCAGCCAUGGGAGACUGUCUCACUUGAGAUCGGUGGAAGGGUCUUCGAGAUCACCGCAACCCCUUGCCAACAUUUGCCAGGUGGUGAGUGUAUCGGCUUCGUCCUUACAUGCGCCAAAUUUGGCCAUAGCAACGGAAAGUCCAACGCCAUCUACUUCUCCGGAGACACGGUGUACGUACCGCAACUAGCCGAGAUUGGCAACAAAUUCAACAUUGUAGUAGCCUUGAUCAACCUCGGCUGUGCCGUUGCAGGGCUUCCUACUGGACCAGUGCAGAUCACCAUGGAUGCAAAGCAGGCCGCGCAGCUUGUCAGGGCCAUUGGGGCAAAGAUAAUGGUACCAAUGCACUUUGAGUCUUGGGAGCAUUUCACGCAAAAGGGACCGGAGGUUAGAAAGGUGCUCCAGGAAGAAGGAAUGGAGGACAAGACAGUCUAUGUCAAUUUGGGAGAGAAGACUUGUUUAAUUUAGGGUUUAGUAUUUAGAUCAAGCUGUACUUCUUGAGGGUAUAAUGGAUCGCAUCUCUCUCUUUGCAGGCACGACAAAGAAUUGACCCGUAAUUAAUCUCCCUUGAAA